UGUCUGCCUCUCUUCAAAACAUUCUACAAACUCUACCAUCUUUCUAGCGUAUAACCUUCCGUUUCCUUUCGUAAUAAGUGUUUGUUUUGUGUGUUAUUUAUACAGAUUGCAGCUAUGGGUCGCCGGCCAGCCCGAUGCUAUCGCUACUGCAAGAACAAGCCCUACCCCAAGUCCCGCUUCUGUCGCGGUGUGCCUGAUCCUAAGAUCAGGAUUUUUGACCUGGGCAGGAAGAAGGCCCGGGUGGAUGAGUUCCCUCUGUGUGGACACAUGGUCUCUGACGAGUACGAGCAGCUGUCCUCUGAAGCUCUGGAGGCAGCCCGUAUCUGUGCCAAUAAGUACAUGGUGAAGACUUGUGGAAAAGACGGCUUCCACAUCCGGGUCCGCCUGCACCCCUUCCAUGUCAUCCGUAUCAACAAGAUGUUGUCCUGCGCUGGGGCUGACAGGCUCCAGACAGGGAUGCGUGGCGCGUUCGGUAAACCCCUGGGCACCGUGGCCCGUGUUAGAAUCGGUCAGGUGAUCAUGUCUGUCCGCACCAAGGCCAGCAACAAGGAGCACAUUAUCGAGGCUCUCCGCAGAGCCAAGUUCAAGUUCCCCGGGCGCCAGAAGAUCCACAUGUCAAAGAAGUACGGCUUCACUAAGUUCAACGCGGUAGACUUUGACCAAAUGAUGGCUGAAAAGCGUGUGAUUCCUGAUGGCUGUGGGGUGAAGUACAUCCCUUCGACUGGUCCUCUGGCUCGCUGGAAGAAGAUUCACGCCAUCUAGACACCCAACUACAGACGGUCUGGACAGGUUCAACAUCCCAUAGGAUGCCUGUCUGGUCCUCUGGCUCGCUGGAAGAAGAUUCACGCCAUCUAGAUGCCCAACAACAGACGGUCUGGACGGGCACAGAAGCGUCCAAGAGAUCAGAGACAUGGAGGAGGAACAACUAGCCAAUAAAAGUGCAUUGUUGGAUAUAAAACUGA